AACAUUUGAAGCAUAGAAGUUUACAUCCCUAAUGAUCAAUAUCCCCCUCACGCCAUGGAAAGCCUAACUCCGCAGCUAACUGCCCUCUCAUAUUGAGCCCCCACAGCAGCUGCGUAUUCCUACACCUGUCAGAAAUUAAGUUUACCCUAGGAGCACCUGUCUGAAAGCUUGCAUCGCGGGAGAGCUACCCUCACCUUCAGCCACACCUUCAAUCUGCCGCUGCAAAUAGAAAUGCUCUUUUUGCCGUGCUUGAAGCAGGACAGAUGGUUGAAAAAACUACCUGUACCUCAUCAUCAUUAAGGGAUAACUUCUGAAGGACGGGUUUGCACAUCUCAGACCCGCCCUGGGUGGGGUACAGUCUGGCCCUGCCUCUAACAGAGCCUAUAGACCUGUGAAGGGGCUGGCAGGGUAGCUGUAGCCCAGGUUUAACCCUAUUUAUUUUUUCUCUAGUCUCUAUUUCUUCUCAUUACGUUCAUCCUCCCUCAACCCCCCUCAAAAAAAAAAAAAAUUGUUAAGGCGGAAAACUACCGUUUAAACUCUUCACCUCAGCGAGAACCGUUGGGCUCUGACAGGGUGGCGCAACACGGGCGCCGUUGGGCUGUGACAGGGCGGUGCGAGCCGCCCCUGCUCCGUCCGCCGUCCCGCGCCCGGGGCGGGUGCAGAGCCGGGUGCAGCCUCCCCUGAGCGGGAUAAAACCGGCGCUAACUCCCUCCCUAUCCCCUCCGCGCUCUCGCUGCUGUCGCUUGGUCCUACCCUCGCUCGCGGUGCCUGGGAGCCACUAGAGGUGCCAGCUAUGAAUGUAUCAGUACAGGCUGUGGCAGUGUGGGGCAAAAUUGCUCCCUCUCACAGCAUCACUGCUAUUAUGAUUACAGAUGACCAGCAGACUAUUGUUACAGGAAGUCAAGAGGGACAAAUAUGUCUCUGGGAUCUUUCAUCAGAAUUAAAGAUUUCAUCUAAAGAAAUUCUCUUUGGCCAUACUGCUUCUGUAACUUGUUUGGCAAAAGCAAGAGAAUUUGAGAAACAACCAUACGUAGUAAGUGCUACUGAAAAUGGGGAGAUGUGUGUUUGGAAUGUCGCUAGUGGACAGUGCAUUGAGAAUGCAAAGCUUCCUUAUAGGCACACAGCAAUCUAUUACUACCAUUGUUCAUUCCGAAUGACAGGUGAAGGCUGGCUUCUUUGUUGUGGAGAAUAUCAAGAUGUUCUUAUUAUUGAUGCUAAAACUUUGGGUGUUCUACAUGCUUUGUCUUCUCAGUCUUCUGAUUGGAUAAAUUGUAUGUGUAUUGUUCACUCCGCAAGAAUUCAAGAAGACUCGUUGGUUGCGGUGUCUAUAACUGGAGUUCUUAAAGUAUGGGAGCUAUCUUCAUCCCUGACCAACAUACAGGAGAGGCAAGGUGUGUGUGAAAAGGAAUCAAAAUCUCUGGACUGUUUAAACUGUCAAGCAAUACGGUUUUGCACUUACACAGAAAGGCUCCUUCUAGUUGUGUCCUCCAUAUGCUGGCAGGUUUAUGAUUAUUGUGAUUUCUCCUUGUUGUGUACUGAGUUCAGUAAAAGUGGUCAGUGCUUUGCUGGUGGAGAAGUACUAGCAGCUUACAGACUUAUCAUCUGGACAGAAGAUGGUUACAGUUACAUUUACCAGCUGCUAAACAGUGGGCUUUCUAAAAGCGUAUAUCCUGCAGAUGGGAAGGUGCUGAAAGAAACUGUUUAUCCUCAUUUACUCUGCUUUACUGGUCUGAAGGAAAAUAAGAGUUUUCCUUUUGUUAUGGGCUUUCUGAAUGAAAGGAAGGAGCCUUUCUAUAAGAUUCUUUUUUCUGGUGAAGCUUCAGGAAGAAUCACUUUGUGGCAUGUUCCUGAUGUCCCUGCAUCAAUGUUUGAUGGUUCACCAAAAGAGAUCCCAAUUGCAGCAAUAUGGAGUCUUCAGGAUAACUUUGAUAAAAACCUUUCCAUGUCAGAGGGCAUUAUUGAUCAUCUUUGUGCAUCUAAAUAUGGAAUAGAAAAUGCAGUUGUGACUUCCUCUGUGUACAUACCCAGCCUUGAUAAACUUGUCUGUGGCUGUGAAAACGGGGAAAUUUUCAUAACACUAGGCUUAAAAACCGCAGGAGCAAGACUUCUAGAAAACGUGUCUUUGAAAGGUAAUCUAUCUCAUAAAGUUUUGAAUGGUCAUAGUAGCAGAGUCACAUGUUUACUUUAUCCACAUGAUAAAUCAGUCAAGUUUGAUCCAAGCUGGCUGCUAUCAGGGGGACAGGAUUCUGUUGUGAUCUGCUGGAGUAUAUUUACUGGAGAAAUCUUGCACCAAUUUAUUCUGCAAGCUGGUCCAGUGACAGAGCUAUUGCGAUCUCCAGAAAACUUCAAAUUUAAAGAUCACAGCAUAGUGUGCUGUGUGUGCAAUGAUCACUCAGUAGCAAUUCUACACCUUCAGAAGAGAGAGUGUCUCCUACAUGCCAGAAAGCAUCUGUUUCCUGUGAAGAAGAUCAAAUUUGACCCUGUUGAAAAUCUGCUAAUUGUUGGAUGUGAAGAUGAUUCAGUAUAUGUUUGGGAAAUUGAAACAGGCACACUGGAACGGCAUGAAACAGGUGAAAUAGCAAAAGCAAUUCUUUCUUCCAUUGAAGAUUCAGAAUACUUAGUGGCAGAUGCUCUACUUCCUAUAUCUCAAGAGUUAAAAAGAAAUAAAAAUCCUGAAUACAAAUCCUCUAGCUCUUAUAAGCUUGGCACGGCCUCUUAUAAUCUUACUCAUACAGAAAAACCUUCAGAUAAGAUAAUGGAUAACAGCCUCGUUCGACAGCCCUUUACUGUUUUACCAGUUAAGACAAAAUGGAACAGUGCAAACUUUCAUAUUCUCUUAUUUGAUCUGGAAAAACUUUUGGAACUUCUGCUGUCAUCUCAACUCUGUGGAUUAAAGUCAUCAAAUUCAUUCCACAACCUUGACACUACAGAAAGAGCCAAAAGUACUACUGAGAAAAGGGCACUGACAUUAAAAAGAAAUAAAACUGCUGGUUCCAUAUCAACAGUGGAUGGGCAAGUAGAUGCUGUUUGUGCAAACCACGUCAGUGGGGAUACUAAUGCAGUUAGAUCUUUGGAAGAAAGUGGUGGCAUAAAAAGACAGAAAAAAAUGAAGAGUUCAAGAAAGAUUAGAAUGCAGUCAUCAGGAAACAUUGAUGUGGACAUCGCCACAGAUAUAGCUAAACUGCUUUUGUCGUGUCUCUUACCCUGGGGUGUAGAUAAAGAAAUAGACAAUCUUUGUGUAAGACACCUAGAUAUUUUGCGGCUCCAGUGUCCAGUUUCUUUUGGAUUUGUGUCAAAUGAAAAUCACGUAUCACUGAUGUUGCCAGGAUGGAAGUGCGCUGAUUGUGGUGUGCUAGAAGAACACACAUUAAGUAACUUGUUUUCAAAAAGAGUGUUUGAUUUAUCAAACAAGUACCUUGCUGCAACUGAAGGACAAACUGAAAAGAAGGAUGGACCAGUGAAUAAUACUUAUGGAGCAAAGGGAUUGGAAACAGUUAUUUUCUUAUUUAACAAAAUAGCUUUAAUCAACAGGAUAAUUAACAUGCCUUCAGCAGAUACAAGUGAAAUUGAAAGUCCACAUCGAUCAGAAUCUGUACAUGACAAAUGGCGAAAUAUGGAAGCAGCCAUGUCUUCGUUUUCCAGUUUUUAUGAAGAGUUAUCAAGCAAAACAAGUAAACGCCAUUCCCCUGACUUUAGGAGAGUUUCACUGCUGAAACUCAUUUGUUGUUGGAGUGACCAAUCUAUAAAGAUUAUUGAGGCACUGCAAGCGGUGCUGUUUGCAGAAGUUCAAAGGACUAUGAAAACCUUGAGAAAGACAGCAGUCUACAGAGAACCGUUGGCCAUAGUAGAGAAUGGAAAUGAAAUAACCUCUCUGCAAAGGAGAUAUCGAAUACAUUUUACAAUUAGAUCAUUUCAUUUUACAAGAGGCCUACCCUUUGCAACUUUACAAUGGUGCUAAUGUUUAUGGUAAAAAAGAUUGAACUUGAAUUUAUAUUAUGGAGUUAUACUUUCUUUCUUUUUUUACCACAUUAGCUGAGUCAUAAAAUCAAGUGACCUGAAUUUUACAUCUGAUCUUAUUAGUGAGCCUUCUAUUGGGAAACUAAUUUAUAAUCUCAUUGAGUAUGUGUCUGUCAUAUAAAAUUGUUGCAUACUUGCUUCUUCCAGAAUGCUGAAAAUGAUUAGUCAUACCUGUUUCAGGCCACAGAACAAUACAGACUCUCUAAAAUUUUCGCUGUUGGAAUAUAACAAACUACAAACACUUUGAAUUAUUGUCAUAUAUGAAUUUAUAAUUUGUUUACGCUGGAGACUGCAUUGAAUCAUUCUAGUUCUAUGCAGUUUGGGAUAAGUUGCUUUGUAACUAUAAAACAUCCCCACCAGCAAAGUUCAUACCUGGACUUGAUUUCAGAAUUCCUGAAUUUUCAGGCUGCAUUCCAAUGCGGUGUUUUGACAUGGAUUACAACAAAAAUUGGAUCAACUAGAAUUUUAAAAUGCAAAUGCAGACAUCUGCAAACUCCAGAUGUGUUUAAGUGUUUGGUUUGAUUUAAACCCUUCUAUACUAGAUGAAAAAAAGUCUCUUAUGUAAAGAGUGCUGGAAUGAUUACAAGAGUCUUGUAGUCGAGUGCUGCUUAACUCUACUUAAGUAUUGAGGCUCACAAAAGUUAUGAACUGAGGGCAGCUACUCUAGAUUUCCAGUCUCUGAAAGGGGAAUGUGGCUGUUUGCAUAUCAUGUAAAAAAAAAAAAAAAAAGUCUUUUUCCUUACCCUAUUAUUUGCAAGUUACUCGAGGAAAAAAAUAGAAAAUUCCUCUGUUACAGUGAGCACAACACUCAUGUGUGCCUAUAGUGGCUGGGAAAUAGCUUUUUUUUUUUUUCAUACUUGAUCCUAUAAAGCAGUGUGGAUUUUUUUAUUUAUUUUUUUUUAAAUAUCAUUGUUCAGCAACGUAUUCUGGAGCAGACUGAAACAGAUAGGAACACUAGGAAAGAGUUUACACUGAGUAUUUAAUAUACUAGUUUUCUUUUUUUCCUCAUUUCCAUUAAUGUUUUAACUUAUUGCAUUAUCCAUCAUAUUACGUAAGUAGCGCAAGUAUUCUUAUUUUGGCUUUUAUGUUUUUCUAAGAGGAACUAUCAAAAGGAAAAAGUUGUUAAAAGGAAAUAUAAAUGCAACUAAAUGUAGUUUCUUUGUUAAUGUCAGUGAUAUGAUCAUUUUGGGCCUCUUCCAAAUAUACUGAUAAACAUUUUGAUAUCAAUGGUAAGAUUGCUAUCUGUGAGCUUUGGUUAAGUUCCUCAGAGAAACUGAGGUUUUCCCUGUCUUUUUUUGUUUGUGUUUUGUUUUUUUUUGGUUGGUUGGUUCCUGCUUUUUGUUUGUUGGCAUUCAUCAUAAUGCUGAAAAAGGACAUUGUACUAAUCUCUUACUGC